AUGUCAAGCGUCAAGGAAACUGUGAAGGAAAGCUUGGUCGGCAGCACCGAGGUGCCGCAGCUGUCGCACCAGGCUCGGUCCAAUUUCCUCCGCCAUGCGCAGAAGGACGAGAAUGGUGAACCCUACAUGAGCGAGGACGACUUUAUCAAUGCUGUUGCCCCCAAGCAGGAGGACUAUCACAAGAUCAAGCGCGAACAAUACGGAAUUCUCUUUCGAGUGGCAGACCGACGGAGAACCGGCAAACUGAGCCUGGCUGACUGGGCCACCUUCGAGAACCUCCUUACGAAGCCCGAUGCCGAGUACGAGAUCGCGUUCCGCCUCUUCGAUUUCGAUGGAACCGGCACGGUCAAGUUCGAUACCGUGCAGGGCCUCUGUAACCUGAACAAGAGUGCCGACAGCAUUCCCUUCGACUGGAACUCAGAAUGGGCUUCUCUGUACGGCGGCCGCACCAAGUCGCGCCACGACAUGACCUACCCGCAAUUCUCCCAGAUGCUGCGCGGUUUGCAGGGCGAGCGCAUUCGCCAGGCCUUCCACAUCUUCGACAAGGACGGCGAUGGCUAUAUUGAGCCGGAGGAUUUUCAGCGCAUCAUCCUGGAGACCUCCAAGCACAAGCUGUCCGACCACCUGCUCGAGAACUUGCCCACCCUCUGCAACAUUUCCACCAGCAAAAAGAUCUCCUAUGCCACCGUCCGGGCUUUCCAAAACGUCAUGCGUGAGAUGGAUAUCAUCGACCUGAUCGUCCGUGAGGCCACCAACAAGAGCAGCGAUGGCAAGAUCACUCGCUCUGACUUCUUGAACGAGGCCGCUCGUGUCACCCGCUUCUCCCUCUUUACUCCCAUGGAGGCCGAUAUUCUGUUCCAUUUCGCCGGUCUCGAUGCCCCCUCGGGCCGCCUGUCGCAGAAGGACUUUGCCAAGGUCAUUGAUGCUUCAUGGCGCAUCCCCGUUGCGGUUGCGGGCCAGGCCGCAGCAGAGGCCGCAGGCAAAACCAAGACUUUCCUGCAUGGCCUGUUGGAGUCGGCGCACCACUUUGCUCUGGGAAGUAUCGCUGGUGCGUUCGGUGCCUUUAUGGUGUACCCGAUCGAUCUGGUCAAGACCCGUAUGCAGAACCAGCGGUCCACCCGCCCUGGUGAGCGUCUCUACAACAACUCCAUUGACUGUGCCCGCAAGGUCAUUCGGAAUGAAGGUUUCACUGGGCUGUACUCCGGUGUCAUUCCCCAGCUGAUUGGUGUUGCCCCUGAGAAGGCCAUCAAGCUCACAGUCAACGACCUCGUCCGUGGCUACUUCACUGACAAGGACACCAAGAAAAUCCGGACUUCUGCUGAGAUUCUGGCUGGUGGAACUGCAGGAGCUUGUCAAGUGGUCUUCACCAACCCGCUUGAGAUCGUCAAGAUUCGCCUGCAGGUUCAGGGUGAGAUUGCUAAGAAUGUUGAGGGUGCUCCUCGCCGAUCAGCACUUUGGAUUGUCAAGAAUCUGGGUCUUAUGGGCCUGUACAAAGGCGCUAGCGCCUGUCUGCUUCGUGAUGUGCCCUUCUCGGCCAUCUACUUCCCCACAUACGCUCACCUGAAGACUGACCUCUUUGGUGAAUCACCCACUCACAAGCUCGGAGUCGUCCAGCUUUUGACCGCGGGUGCGAUUGCCGGUAUGCCUGCUGCCUACCUGACUACUCCUUGCGACGUGAUCAAGACCCGUCUGCAGGUUGAGGCCCGCAAGGGCGACACCAAGUACACUGGCUUGCGCCACUGUGCCACCACCGUGUGGAAGGAAGAGGGUCUGAAGGCCUUCUUCAAGGGUGGCCCAGCCCGUAUUCUGCGUUCUUCCCCGCAGUUUGGUUUCACCCUCGCGGCAUAUGAAGUCCUGCAGAAGAUGCUUCCUAUGCCCGGCUCACACGAGGAUGUCACGCCAACCGGCCAGGUGGAACCCGGUGUUGGUCUGCAGGGUGCCAAAGCGCCCCUCCCCUACCUCCGGUCAAGGAACGCCCUGAAGCUCAUCCUGGACCUGGACCAGAACAUUGGCCGAGUGCAGGUCCCUCUUCCGGAGCACUGGCCCAAGAUCCUGCAGGGCUCCAAGCAGUGA